UAUAAACAUACACUUGAGGAUGAUAGAGCUGUGGCUGUCUUGUAGUUGUAGUAACCUCUGGUGCUCUGCAAUUAUGUUGAUGUGUAUCAGUCAAGAUGACCAGUGCAGGCAACAAACCCAGUAAUGUCCAAGAAACCUCAAGUAAGAGUGAUCAAGAGCCAGGAACUGUCGUGGCCUUUGUUUCCAGCCAACCAGAUAACUUGGCAAAAUGCACACCAGAUGUGGACAGUGUGGUCAAGAACUCCAAGGGUGUUCAGUAUUCUUCCAGGAAAAGUAAAAAUGAAGAAGAAAAUGACAUGGUUGAUAUUCAUGUUAAUGUACCAAGUGAACCAGAACAAAACUCUAGAGCUGUUGUAACUGAAGCUCACAUUGUUAGGCCAAGUGAAGGUGAACACGAUUCAACCACAAGCAUCACUGGUAUAUGUAUCAGUGAUAUUGGUAACACAAAAGAAGAGCUCGUCACCAUAAAUAUAAAUGAUACUAUUCCCAAUGACACGUCUAGUGGUAAACAAAAUCAUGCCAGCAGUGAUGGUAACAUGAGUGGUGCCAUCACAACAUCCACUGGAUCUCGUGUAAUUCUCUCCUCGCCUUUAAUCACAGCUGCUUCCACCAAGGUAAAAAAUGUCUUUACUCAUAAGAUGAAGAACACCGUUGCUAGCGACGGCCGCAAGUAUGUAUCAUCUAAUCGGAGAAAUGGUACAUCAGUUUUUAAUAAACAGAAUGUAAGAAAUAUUGUACCAAGAAAUUUGCAGAGUAAUGAAUCUCCAGUUGUUUCAUCUAAACUCCAUAGUGUUUGUGCAGAUGAUGCUUCAAGUAGCAACAACGUAAAGAUAAAAAGGACGGGCUCAGUUGUUGUGAGAACUAUUUCCCCACGUACAAUACGUAAUGUUCCUGCAAGUUAUUCCUCGAGCAAAACUGGUUUUUAUGUUGAUCCUUUGGGUACUAUAUUGAUAACAAGGGAAAUGGAUGAUGGAAGAUUCUGUGGCUCUGCUCAGGCAAAGGUUCCCACUGUUCAGUGUACAAAACUUGACAAACUUUUGUCAAGCACUCCGACUUUGCAAAGCAAUUUACAAGUUAUUGAGCAUCAUGGUCUCAGAAAUUCAGAUGGUAAACCGUCAACCAGUCAAGACAGUUUCAUUGAGAACUCUUCAACACGCUCCUCUUGUAAUGAUGACAUCUUAAUCUCAAGACAGCUUGAUGAUGAACUGGCUGAUAAAGAUGAUGAUGAUGAUAUUGCUGAAGCUAAUAACACAGUUGCAAUGGAAAUUACCAAAAAAAUCUCAAGCAGUGAAACAGUGGGUCAGAUUAAUAAUGUGUAUAAUGAUGUACAAGUUGGCGGUGACCAGAGGUGCUGUUUCUGCAGGAGUGUGUUAACCAGAGAAGAGAGGAUUACUUGCAUGGCACUCAGUAAACCUCUUCCCUCAAGUUUGCUGGACCCCAUUUCUCUUUUGCACUGCUUAGGCAUAACUUCCCCAUUACCAGCUUGUAGACCUUCCUUGGACAGCUCAUCCAUUAUUGUGUGUCAACAAUGCUACUCUUUAGUGUCAGAUGGUGAUGUUGUGUAUCAACAGUUAUUAUCUAUUACUUCACAUAUGAGGCAACUUUGGCCCAAAAAUAUUGGAGACAUAAUUCCAGCUGCCUUUGGUUCAGACAGCAAUAAAGUGUGUCUGAAGAUGAACCAGAUAGAGAAAACAUCACAAAAUAUGCAGCUAUCUCCUAAAUCUUCAAAAAAGUACGGUCUUAUUUUACCAAAACCAAUCAUGGCAGGGGAGUCUCCUGUAGUACCAAGUGGUACAACUGAGAAGGUACCAAAGGUGAGAGUUAAACAAAAACCUUCCUCUAAUAAAAUGCGCAUUUGUGGAUUUUGUGGAAUGGAUUUAUAUGGUGAUGAUGACUGGAAUCUUCACCAAGUUGCUGUACACAGAAUAGAGCGGAAAUGGCAAUGGUUUAACUUACAACCAACUCUCAAAACACUUCUUGCAAAGGAGAUACAACAUAGUAAUAUGAGGCAGAGUUGUGAAGUUUUGACACCAAACUUGAAGUGUGAAAAGAACAAUAUAUGCAAAUGUACUGCAUGUAGUACCGAGUUCUCAAUGCGCGACGAGUUGGUGGAACACCUCCGCCACUACCACAACAUGGUCAUUGAUGAAGAAUUUUUAUCUUCCAUAUUAGAGGAUACAGAUACAAUGGAUUGGAGUAAUGAUAGACAGGGAACAGUUGUGGAAAAUCCAGUACAAAUUAAAUCAGAAAUGAUGUGGGAUGAGCAUGGAAGAGCGAGGAGUUCAGUGAGUGAUGUUGAACGUGAUGAUGAUGUGUAUGAUAAUGAUACAGGGGCUUAUGAAGGUGUAAGAAAACAUGUAAUCAUAAACAAUGUAAAAAAAAAAAAAAAUCACAUACACACAGAAGAUCAGGCUCUACCAGCUCCAGAUGAAUGCCACAAUUAUAUUGGAGCUUGUGGAAAUAAAGGAAGCUUAAUGUAUAAAACAGAGAGUUCAGAGAAAAACCAGAACACAGAAUUGCAUUGUAAAAUCUGUGCAAAGCUGUACAAAACUCAAAUGGACCUUGAUAAACAUGAACAGUUAGAGCAUCCAAGAUCAGUCAGAACAAAUAAGAAGAUAGACAAAGAAAAUAAUCUUCAGACAUCACUUGGUGAUGGUCACUCAUUACCAAUGCUGCUGAGGGCUAGAACUAAAGUUACUUGCAAACUCUGCAACCAGGUUUGUGACAGCUUUGUAGAUCUAAACAAUCACAUAGACAGCUGCCAUGAGAAUUCUGUUGUUAUUCUGGAAGGGGAUGGUUAUGGGGGAGUCAUUGACCGUCGCUUAGAGAUGUCUUUAGCUCUUGGCUCAGAUGCUGAACAUAUACAAAAGGGAGCUGAAGGGCCUGAAUUACAAGUGAAUGUUACAAAGGGGCCUGAGAAAUCCCGAAGUUUUAUGUGCAAAUCCUGUGGAGAAACAUUUGUUAACCGCCUGUUACUGGUGAGACACAAACGUUCAGCUCAUGGUGAUGUAUGUGGGGUGGGUGGAGCUAAUGGCUUAGUGAUGGUAGAGUGUGAGCUCUGUGGUAGGAGAUUGCAUGGAAUAGGAUCCCUUCGACUUCAUAUGUCAAAGGUACACAAACGAUCACAAAAGCCUCCAUUGAAACACCGCUGUAAAAUGUGUAUAUACCACUCCAGGACACGUAACCAGUUGGAGAAACAUAUGCAGGAAAAACAUGGUUUGAAUGUGUUACCACCAGUUGAAUGUAAAGAAUGCGGUAAAAUGUACAGUGCUAAGUAUAUUGAUAUACACAUUGCAAAUAUGCAUGAAAAUCAGAAGAAGUUUUCUUGUAACUUCUGUUCUAUGAAGUUUAAUAUAAAAUCAAGCCUAAAAUGCCACAUCUCCUAUGAGCAUGCCAACAACAAGUGGCAGUGUGAUAAAUGCCACAUUCAGUUUGAAAAGUAUCACCAAUUGCGACAACAUAAAAUUUAUGUCCACAGUACUAAAAUCUACCCUUGUCAACAGUGUGGGAAGACCUUCAAGCGUAAGAGUGAUGUGACAGAACAUGGAAAAAGAAGACAUCAAGAGAAGGUGCCAAGUGAGUGUAAUUAUUGCACUAAAGUUUAUGCCGACCGUAAAAAGCUGCGAACUCAUUUGAUAAAGAAACAUGGGGUAGCUUGGGAGGACACCUUGUCCAAGAGCUAUGCUCGUCAUCAGCGAGAAAAUAACUGUUUGCGUAAACGUCAGCCAAGAAACUCGAGAAUGCCCCGGAAUUUAUCGUGUGAUGAGGAGGUUGGUGGCAUUGAAAUCCAACAAGACAUUGAAAUUCAGCAGGGUCAGUAUGAGUUUGAUCAUAAUGGACAACAAGUUCAUUAUGAACAGCAGCAGAAUGGGGAAGGCUUCUAUGAAGAGCAAUACCAACAUGAUGACCCUCAUCAAAAUUUCCAGGAGCAACACUGUAUGCAGCUGGAAGAGGGAACCAUCACCACAUAUGAAGGUGCUAACAUAGGGACAUUGGAAGAUGAGCAGGAGUACAAUGUUGUCCAAGUUACUGAAGGAACAGAAGAUAUCACCAAUGUAGCAAGCAUCAGCUAUAUUAUUCUGGAGGAGUCCUAGUGAUGAAUUUAAUCUUAUGAUGUUUAAAAAAUUUAGUGAAUAUGAAUUAACUGUCAUGCCUCAUCAGUGUUUAUUCCAGAUCAAAUUUCACUAGCGCACUCAUUUAUAUAAUGUAUAUAUUCCCUGUUUGUUGACUGUCUAACCUUCAUUUUUAUCCUUAUGCAUCACCCACCUCUGAGUCAAGAGAGGCUUGUGUAAUGUGUAGCCUUGACCAAGUAACACCAUGACUGCAAAAUUAUCAUUGCUCAGUAUUUGCAUUAACUUGCCUCUCAAAGUACUUAUAUCUUCUUCAGCAGCAUUCCCAUAUGCUGUUUAAAGUGCUAGACUAUUUCACAGUUUUAGUGUGUACAGUACAGUAUUGUGCUGCCCUUUACUGUGAAGACUUUCAUCUGACAAAAGUUGUAAGAGGUGCUCCUUAUUCCUGUGUGAAUACAGUGGGGUCUCAUUUUGUGCUGGUAUGUCGUACUGGUACAUGUCUGUGCAUCGGAAAUCAGCGCAAAUGAUGCCCUUUAACAUGUGUUAAAAUUGCUUUAUUGUACUGGACUUGCCAGAUAGAAUGACUUUGGGUAACCAACUUAACCUUCCGAAAAUGACACGUAAUGUCACAUAAACUGAAUCUAGAUUAUUAAAUAAAUAUUUUAUGAAACCCGAGAAAUUUAAUUACUGUAUGUGAUACUCCACCUAAUAGUGGAUGUGAGGGAAGCUCUGGGAGACUAUGGGGGUCCAAGGCAGGGGGUGAAGGCUAGUCGGAUCCAAAGCCUUCAAAAUCAACUGCAGGCACUUGUAAAGUGACUUCAUCUUCAUCAUCAAUCUCCUGAGUGCCAGGGUCCUCGUCACUGGAUUCUCCUUGAAUUGUCGAGGUCUAAAGUAGGCAGUGGUGAGAGUUUGGUGACGGCAUUUAAAUUCCUGGUAACAUUGUCUGUAGGUUUCCACCAAACUGUUUUGCAAGCUGGGCUCAGCACUCAUUAAAGCAUCCUUGAGUUCUUCAGUGUUGCUGAUAACUUGCGUCACCUGCUGCGGAGUCAUACUUUAGUACCACCACCACACCACCAACACUGAUUUAGCUUGUCGUUUUAUUUUGAAGUCAAAUUAUAUAUCAUAUUUUGUUCCAUUAUUUAACCCCCUAGCCCUGGCCUAGGGUGCCGCUGGCCUUGUCCCCCCACGCGGGGGUGAAUCAAGAAAAAUAAAAACUUUUCCAAAAAUAAUUUUUAACCCUUUUAAAUGAAAAAACAAUAAAAAAAGAAGUAAGAAAAGCUAUAUAUUGAUCCUCGAGAACAGUGGUUCCCAAACUUUUUAACAUGACGCCCCCUUUUACUUUUUGCGAAGUCCUCACCCCCUUAUAAACAAGCAACUGGCAGCAGUGGGCAACAUCAGUUGUUUCACCGCACUGUAUUGCAAAAAAAAUGGGACGCUCUUAUUUUGUCAAACUUUUUCUUUUAUGUCAUCUGUAAGUUCAUCAAUGAGACUCUUCACUGUGUUAUCAGACAGGGAAAUCUUAGAUAACUUUUCUGGCUUUUGUCUCCAAGCACAAUAUUUGCAGCACUCAACAAGCUUGGCUUUACAAGAGUCUCCCCAAUAGGGGGCAGGGAAAAAACAAUUUUAUUUGAGUUGCCGGCUGCACUUUUCAGGCACGGCUUGUAUGGCUGUAACAAACACCUGUGUAAAAUUU